AUGCAGGAGGCCGGAUUGCUUGGUGUGCCAGCAUCUCAACUGUUGCCUGCGCAGAAGCAGAAGCUGGACAGUAUCCUGAUGCCGCCUCCGAGAUGGACGAAUCGCGCGGACAGCGGGUUGAUGCCCACUUCGACAGACGAGGAGGAUGAUGCCGAAGAGGAGGACGAUCCGCCCGAUGAGGUUCCCAUGAAGAAGUACAAAGGAUAUUCGAAGUCGAUUCGAGCGUUUGCGAUGGGUACGCCGGGGAUGGAGGAGGGUGGGCCAGAAGACGACGAGAUUGAAUUGUCGCCUGGUUUGAAGAAGAUCAUCGACGGGGUGCUGAUGCCGCCUCCGGAGUGGACGAGGCACGAAGACAGCGGCUUGCCCGAAUGGAAGCCUCGACAGACGCCUGCUUCGAAGCAGCAAGGGCAGAAGAAGAUACCAAUGUCCGCCAAAGCGAAGAAGAUCCUGGACACGCUGCUGAUGCCGCCUCCGAAGUGGACGAGGCACGAGGACAGCGGGUUGCCUGACCGGAAGCCUCAACAGAAGUCUGGUUCGAAGAAGACGCACAAGACGCCAUCAUCGAUCACGACGACGGAGGGCGCAGGGAAGAAGCGCAAGUUGAAGAGCCAGAUGGAAGAGGACGACGAAGAUUAUGAACCGCCCUGGGUGGAGGAGUUGGAGGGGCCGUGGGUUUCGGCAGCGAAGAGGCUCAAGCUGAACAAUGGCUCUUCAUCGUCUUUUGGUUUCCGGAGCCCGGGGACGCAGCGGCAGACAUCGAAGAAGCGCAAUCGGGUCAUGGACGAGGACGAUAAUGGACUGGAUGAGUGGGCUGCGGAUCUCAAGAAGGGCAAGCCCAAGAAGACUGGAUCGGGGAAGCAAGUAUCUGGUCAGUCGUCACUUUCGGGGCGUAGACUGGAGACGCCACCGCCGACGUCGCGGACGCGCAAGGCGGAAUUCAAGGACAAAUUCGACCACGACUCCGACGAAGAAUUCGACGACCUAGAUCUUGAACUGCUGGGGAUGCUGGGGACGCGGCAUUCGAAAGGGAAGAAGCGCAAGCUGAAGGAGACCGACUUGGGCAAUGAAGAGUCUGUCCAGCAGCCGCCUACUUCGAAGCCGAGGUUGAGUUGGUCACCCACAUCAACCAGCCCCCGCGAGCUCAAGGGUUACAUUUCGCCCCCUACCACGAGCCCACAAGCGCCCGAGGGCUACAUCUCCGCCACGGAGCUCCAGAGGAAUGCCAAUGCUCGCGCUCCGGACCCUCUCGAUGUCGACGCCAUCACCGCCGAGGAUUUUGAACUUGAUGAGCGCCUCCUGGAUGCCCUGCUCGCGGACUUGCAUGGAGAUGACCAGCAGCAGGAGGUGAACGUGAACGACGGCAAGAUUGGAGAGAAAGUAUGCGACGAGGACGACGGGUGGAACUCCGACAUGGACGCCCCGUCUGUCGACGACGAUUGA